GCCAGCCAGCAGGGAGGGGCGCGCACAGGGAGGCGGGGCGGAAAGGCGAGAGGUGUCUAAUCCGCCCGAGCCGCGGGAGACCCGAGCGAGCUCCGUGACAGCUCGUCGGCCGCCAUGUCAGCGAGCGGAGCGAGAAGCGCGGCCGGCGCCCGGUGGUAGCCCUGCCUGUGCCUCGGAUUCCCAGACAUGGAAGGACUUCAGUGAAAUUUUAAAUGGUUUAACAAAGCAUGCGCUAAUGGAUGACAGCAAUCCUCCUACAUAUAGUCUGCAGAUAGAAUCACAAGAUGGGUGUCAUCCUGGUGACAGCGCAGAAAGGAGAGUAACACACUUGCCUUCUGCAUCAGAUGAAAAUGAAAAUCAACUUGAUGGAGAUGGGCCUGCUCUUCUGACCAGCAGUGGUAGUGCAAUGGGGAAAACUGAAGUGUUAGAGCAAGAUAGUCUCAACAAUAAUGAAAGCUGUGUGUCCAGCCGUGAAGUGGCCGCCAGUGAGAUCUCAGAAAGUGCUCUGUGUGAAGGCCCCAAAGAUGGAAAGGACUUCUUGGGAAAAGACAAAAAAAUACCUGGAAAAAGAGGUACAAGAACCAAAAAAGGCACUAUUAAGAAGACACCAGCAGAUUAUGCAUCUUUAAUACAAGAAAAGAUACUAAGUACAGCCACACAUGCUGUUGGUGAUGAAGAGACUGCCAAAGUCAAUGCUAAUGAUCAACCAGAAGCCCCAAAGCUAGCUCUGCAGUCUCUGUUCUCACUCAUACGAGGUGAAGUUGAGCAGUUGGAUUCAAGAGCACUUCCCCUUUGCCUUCACCAGAUAGCAGAAUCAUAUUUCCAGGAAGAAGACUAUGAGAAAGCAAUGAAAUUUAUUCAGCUUGAACGAUUGUAUCAUAAGCAGUUGCUGGCAAAUCUUUCUGCCAUUCAAGAACAGUGGGAAGCAAAAUGGAAAACUGUACAACCUCAUACAGUUACGCCUCUAAGGAAUUCAGAAAAAGGAUUUAAUGGUGAAGAUUUUGAACAGCUUGCUAAAUUUUGCUCAACACAUCAAGAUCCUAUUUUAUCCAGACAAAAGAUAGCUAUAGAAAAGUCUGUGGAAAGAAAAUGUUUUACUCAGUUAAGAGUGUCUGAAGAAUCAAAGACAAAAGGAGCUACAUCCAAAGAGCCGGUUUCUGUUGCUGACCUUUAUGUUCCUGGGCCUGAGAGCCCUGAUAUUGAAGAGGAAGUAUCAGGUGGUUUAGAGAGUGGAACUUAUCUUGGCCUGGAACCAAGUAUAGAAAGCCAGCAUAAAGAGGAGCCCCAGGAGAGCAGUGCCGGCUGCAGUCGAAUGGACAGGCAGGCAGAUUUCCUGAGCCUCCCAGUCACUGCAGGGAAGGACCACACGGAGGAGCCACUCUGCAGCGCCAGAGCCACACUGGAGCUCCACAACCAGUCCUCAGAGUCAGCCGGGAGCAGGUCAGGCCCAGACUCUGUUGAGAAUGCUUGUGAGGACAUUAGCCGCUUACAGGAGGCUCCCACAGAGGACUGCCCAGAUGUGGCCACAGUAGAGGCCAUUGCUGACCACCCUAAAGUGGUACCCUCUAGUGAGUCAGUGAUAGAGCCAUUGAUCCUACCAGGCUGUGACCGAAUACCUCCUGUGUUGAUUUCUGAGGGUCGGUAUUCACAGACUCAAAGGAAAGAACUUCAUUUGCCACUUCAGGAUGCUUUUGAGGCGUUGCCCACGGACCAACCUGAGAACAAUGAAUUAAAUGUGCUGCAGCAGCCUGAUCUAACAGACAGUGAUGGAAAAUCGCCACAGGGUCAGACUGACUCAGAGACUGGCUCUGAGGAUGUACUUUUUGAAAAUAAUAAAAUAUCUGACUUAAGUGCACUCCAUCCAGAAGUGUAUAUGGCCCCAGAGGAAAAGGGAGAUAAGGAAGAUCAAAUCAAUAAGGAAACAGAAGACUAUUUGAAUAGCCUUUUGGAAGAAUGCUUGAAAGAUACUGAAGAUUCUCUUUCCUAUGAAGAUAAUCAAGACGAUGAUUCUGAUCUCCUUCAAGGUCUUUCUCCUGAAGAAGCAUCCUAUAGCCUACAGGAGAGCCUGCCUUCUGAUGAUAGCUGUCUUUCUCUUGAUGAUCUUGCCAAAAGGAUAGAAAUUGCAGAGGUUGUUCCUGCUGAAGGACUGGUGUCUAUAUUAAAGAAGAGGAAUGAUUCUGUAGGAGAUCAUCCUGCCCAAAUGCACCAGAAACCAUCUAAGCGAAGAGUAAGAUUCCAAGAAAUAGAUGAUAAUUUGGAUCAAGAUGAAGUCGGAGGUGGCUCCUGUAUUUUAUUGAUCUUGCUAUGCAUAGCAACAGUUUUCCUUAGCGUUGGAGGAACUGCAUUAUAUUGCACUGUGGGGGACAUGGAGUCACCUGUUUGUACAGACUUUGCAGACAACAUGGACUUCUAUUACACAAAGCUCCUGCAGGGAAUGGCAGAACUUAAACACUGGGUCUACCUCUCCUAGCACCAUUCAAGAGGACAAGCAUGUUGGCAGUGAGAGUGAAAGAUGUGAAACUUGCUCAGCAGCUUUUAUUUCAGGAGUUCUGAAACAUCCCCCCUUUUCUUCCAGCAAGGACCCAAGGACAUCAAAAACAGCCACUUUUUAAGUGACGACCAGAGGAACUUUCUCAGAAUAACCCACAUGACAAGGCAAAUAUUGAUCUAAGCAUUGUGGACUGUGGAAGUGGUCUUUGGGGAGUGAGUGUGUUCAUUUCCCCCUCACUGCUUCCUAGUGUAAUGAGUACACUGAGGGGAAUAUGCAGGGCAGUCUUGGAAAUGCACUAUUUUUAGCUACUUUAUCAAGCCAAAAGUGAAAGGACACUUCUGUUUUACAUCUCUCAGUCCUUAGGCAUUGCUUCCAGCCAUCACGCAAUAAGUUGUUUAUGACCAACAGUGGUUAAUUUAUGAUUUCAGUGUUAUUUUUAGUUAACUUUGAGAGCUGUGUAAUUUAGGCUUCUUGCAUUAUUUCCAGAUUCUGUUCUUCAUUUGUGUGUGUGCGUGUGCUUUAAGCAAUUAUCUGAAGCAAAUAUCCAACAUAGAAUAACAAAUUAUCUUUAUUCUUUUAACUUUACUAUGAUGUGCAGGCACAAAUCUUUGAAGAAAGUUUAAUUGUGGAAUAGAUGAACUAUAGAAAUGUUGGCCCCGAAAUGAAAAACUGUGACAGAUAUGUGGCAGUUAACUUGAUUGGGUAUCGAGAAAUUAAUCACAGGCCUGAAGGCAAAUUAAAGAGCUCUCCCUGAGUCUCAGACCACAGUUUCACAAUGGAUUCAGUGCUUCCUGAAGUGAUGAAUGCUGGACUCAAUUCAGCAAACUCUUAUUGAGCACCUAUCAAGGUCUAAGAAUCUAAAAACCAGAAUAUGAACAUAAAUAAGAUAUAAUUCCUGCUAUAUAUGCUUUAAUUCUGGUCUUAUGUAAAGUAAAGCAGUACUUUGGCAUGCAAAUCAGUCUUUGCAGAUCAUGCAUUCAGAUGUUUUGGUUGUGCAUUCAUAUCAUGGGCGUGAUAUGGACCACAUAGUGGGGUCAUUAAGCAGAAAUUCAGUCAUACCUUAAAUAGGCAAAUGUCUAGUUUUUGUUUAAGUCUGUCAGUUAGGUGACCUUUCCUUAUUUAAGGUACAGUGGUCUAAUAUUUGGGAAGCCUUGCUUUGACUUUUUUUAUAUUGUAGAUGGCAUUAAAAAAAAAACAUAAAUUAUAAUUUUUUAGCAAGUGAUCAUUAUUUCCUGUUUCUCUGUUAGGUUCAUUUGAAAGAAAAAGGCAGGCAUUGAUUUCUAGUUGUUACUGGCUGGUACAGUAUCUCCUUUUGUGCUUUUGCUUAUUUAUCUAGACAUAAAAUUUAAAGGGCUUUUUAUAUAAGUUGAAAGUGUGUUGCUGAGCAUGUAUUUGGUUAUUAUCCCAGUGCUAGAUAUUUAAUUAUUAUGUACUUAGUGUUUUGAUUUUCUACAAUUUCAGUUCAGUGUGUUUUUAGGCUUGUUUAUUUUUAAAUUGAUGUUUCAUUUUCACUUAUUUGUUUGAUUUUUUUCUUUUUGGUACCAAGGAUCAAACUCGGGUCCUUGCACUUGCACAGCAGGCGGCGAAACCACUGAGCUAAAUCACGGCCCUCAUUUUCACUUAUAAUAAUACUGUUUGACUUGUCUCUAUCAUGUCACCACAAACUGUAAUAUUUUCAAUGGUUAUAGAUCAAAGAUAUUUAUUUAGAAGUGUACAAGACAAUGAAAUUUAAAUUCCUUAUACUUAAGGCUGAUUUUCUUAGAAGAUUAUUUUAAUGUUCUAUUAUAAAUUUUAAGAAUUUAUACUCAAACUGUAUGUAAAAUAUGUAACAUGUCCACGGUACUAUCGUAAGUGGUUCUAUAAAAGACCCUCACAAGUUCUACUGUAAGGGCCCCCUCGUUAUAGACAAACUUUUUCUCCUUUACCCUCGUAAUUUCUAGUUGCAAGAAUUCGGUGAUCCUUUUUUCUGUUUACUUUAUGUCAAAAAGUUAAAAUUUCCCUCCUGUUUACUGUCAGUUGUAUAUAAUGUCUGGUGUUGUAUUUUCCUAUAUAUACCACCCAGCCAGUUUUUCUGGAACCCAAGAUUUCCUGGGAAGCUUCACAUUGGAGUGAAAGAAUGGAGGUUCCCUGGCUAAUCAGGGGCCCAGCUGUGUCUCGAGGCCAUGGGUGAGCACACCACGUCUGGGGACAGUGUGAGCUCAGGAGCACAGUGAUGCCUUGACUUAAAAUAGGCAUGAAGUCUCACCCAGAAAAUUUAGUGCAACUUUUUAAAAUGUAAUAGUCAUUUAUUGCAUGAAUUAGAGUAAUUCUACCUGAUGAUGAAAGGAUUGUUAUCUCACGCAUAAAAAUAUUCCAGUUUUACCAAAAUGUAAUUUCUUCUCGAAAGUAACGACAGCUAUUUGUAACUAACCUUCCUUAAGAACUGUAUUUGAGGGUAUCAAAUCAAGCUUGUAAUUUAAAGUCUGUACCAACAAAGUGUCUUAGAGAGUUUAUUUGAACUUCUAGGUGUUGAGAAAAAUUGCUUUAAAGCAAAAAUAAUUUCAGGAGUUCGUCUUACCCCAAGUAGACAGCCUUCCAUUUGGGGAACUCUAAUAGGUCCCUAAGUAAGAGCUCCCCUCCUAAAAUACCACCCCCCAUCUGCCUGGCAUAGCUGAAUUCACUCUAAAAAUACAUUAUUUUAGAUUGGAAAAUCAAAAUCCUCUGGGAGGUUUAUUUUCUCAAGCUAUGAAUUUGCGUAAUAAAUGUGCAGAGAAUUCAAAUUUUGAAGGUGGGCCUUAUUUCUAAAGACAGGUAUGAAUUUAAUCUUGCUGGAAUGGCAGGAAGAUAAAGAACGAGCGUAGCAUAGAGGAAGUGGUAGGAGUUAAGAAGAAAAAGAGAGAAGGUGGAAAAGAGCAAAGUAAUCCUUUAGCUUUUAAUUGUUUUGCUGACCUCCCAACACAAAGAGAAACUGAAUUUUUAACUUUCUAAUUACAUGAACUGUAUAAUUCUGUUCAUUUCUUUGGGCUCAAUUAUUAUUAACUCGUAUUUGUAUAAUACUUUUAUGCAGUGUUUGUAGUGUUUUAGUAUUUAUUCACUUAGUGCCUAGCAAAGUAAGGCUAUAUCCCUCAAAUCCAAGUCUUAAUAACUCCCAAACCUAUUAUCUUUUUAUCCUAUCAUUUUACCUUCAUCUUUAAAAAGAAUAAGAAUGAGGCUGAGGCAGGAGGAUCACCUGAGCCCAGAAAUUUGAGAAGCACUUGGGCAAUGUAACAACAAAAAAAAGAGAAACAGCAAUGUAUUCCCCCCAAAAAAGAAUAGAAUGAAUCUAGGAUUUGUGACACAAAUUCUAGUGUCAUCUGCUGUCUUAAUAACAUCAAAGAUGAGCAUUUGAGUCUCAUAUACUGACCGAAAAGCAACAGUAAAUUAAGAUAUUCCUUGUGGAAUUCUAAUACUACUUAAGCUCCUUGGGUUUAGGCUACUGAAAGACAAGGUACAGCAAUUCCAGUCAUCUCUUUGCCCUGAUUAAAGAAGAGUUACUCCUGAACACAGCCUUGUGUCUUGUCACCCUGAGAUCAGUGCAGAACCAUGAGCAACAGUGUUGGUCACUGUCUGCACUUUCAGAGACAUCAGAAUGCCUACCAUGUACCUCACACUGAGGCUGCAGACAAGGCAUGGUACCAGCUUAAAGGGUUAGCAUCUGGGAAGGGAAAUGUAUUUGCAAAGAGGAAAAACAGAGAAGAAACUGCAGAGCAUAUUACUCAUGGCAGUGGAAAGUCAUGUUCAUUCUUUCCAACCAUGUCAUGCACUUUUAGGAAUAAAAGUAAAGUUCUAUCUAGGUCACCUGCACAGCAACAUGAUAGGAAACUUGACAGGAAUCUUUUCUCACAGCCAAAGCCCUAGCAAUUAGUACUUUUCAUUUCUAGUUAGCACUUGUAGCAUUAAUAGAUGGCAGGUUUUCCAGCAGUGGAAAUCAUCUUUGCAAGAGUCUUCUUCAAAAUUGAAAGUCUGAAUUGCCCUGAAGUGAAAAUUUUCUCACCAAAAAGACGGCAGUCCAAGAUGGCUACACCAGUAAGUUCUGUCAGUCAUUUAAGUAAAGCAUAAUACCCAUCCUACCUACAAAGUACUCAAGAGAGACUAUCAUUCUUUUCAUGAGACCGGAAUUACUCUGAUACCAAAGCAGACAGUAAGAAAAUCAGUAUCUGUUGAACAUAGACACAAAAUUCCUUAGGAGCUGGGAAUGUAGCUCAGUGGUAGAAUGGUUGCCUAGGGUGCAUGAGGUCCUCAAUUUGAUGGCCCAACACCCCCCAAACACACACACAUACACACACACACACGCAAACAUGCACACACAGAUUUUUUUAAAACUAGACAAUAGGGGCCAGGGAUUUAGCUCAGUGGUUCCACUGCCUGCCUUACAAGUGCAAGGUCUGGAGUUUGAUCCCCGGUACCAAAAAAAACCAAAACUAGACAAUAGGCCGGGGGUUUAGCUCAGUGGCAUUCCGCCUGCCUCACAAAUCCGAGGUCCUGAGUUCAAUUCCCCAUACCAAAAAAAAACUAGACAAUAAUUCUUUACAUAGUACAUCAGUUCUAAAAAUAUGUAAAAAAGAUAAUACUCUCAUGAUUAAAUGAGAUUUACCCCAGGAAUACAGUGAGUUUAAUAUUCUAAAUUCAUUCAGUGUAAUUAUUUUAACAAACUAAAAAAUCCUUAUGAUCAUAUCAAUAUACAGUAAUUUAAUGUUCCUUUCAUAUUAAAAACUCAGCAAACUGGAACUAGAAGUGAACUUUCUCAACUUGAUAAAGGCAUUAAUGAGACACUUAGAGCUAAUAGUAAAUAUUUAGUGGAGAAAGACCAAGAGAUUUUCUUCCUAAAAUCAGGAAAAUGGCAAGGACCAUCCCCCCCUUACCAGGGAUUGAACUCAGGACCUUGGACUUGCAAGGCAGGCACGGUGCCACUGAGCUAAAUCCUCAGCCCUGGCAAGACCGUUUCUAUUCAGUAUUAUAGUGGAGGUAUUGUAGCAGAAAAAGAAAGAGAUCCCAAUUAGAAAACUUCCCGUGACAAAAUUGUUCAUGAAGAGAAUCCCAAAACAUUUACAAAAUGCAACUAGAAUAAGUGAGUUUACCAAGGUUACAGGAUGUAAGAUCAAUAUACAAAAUUUCAACCAGGGAUUUAUCUUGGUUCCACCACCUACCUUGCAAGUGCAAGGUACCACAUUUGAUCCCUGGUACCAAAAAAAAAAAAAAUUCAGUUCUACAAACUGUUGAUGAACCAGUGGAAAAUAAAAAAUUUACAAGAAAAAUUUUCAUUUAAAGCAGCAGUUUUAGGAACAAAAAUAUGAAAUACUUAUGAACAAGUUUAACAAAAUGGCAAAACCUGUACAUUGAAGUUGAUAAAGACAUUGCUGAGAGAAAAGAUAACCUCAAUGAAGAAAAAAAUAUAUUCUGUUCAUGAAGUGGAAGAUUCAGUAUUGUUAAGAUAUCAAGUUUUCUCCAAAUCAGUCUGGACACAAUUCCAACCAAAAUCCCAGCAAUUUUUAGAUAUUGUUUAAUUUUAAAAUGGGGAGAUGCAGGUGACCUAGAAGAUAGCCAAUGAAAUUGUAAAAACAAAAUUGGAAGACUUCUAUUUCCUGUUUUGAAGACAUAAUGCUACAGUAAUCAAACUAAUAUAGUGAAAAGAUAGUUCAGAAAUAAAACUACGUGUAUACAUUCAAAUGAUCUACAAAAGAGCCAAGGCAAUUCAAUGGGGGAAAGGGAAGUCUUUCAGCAAAUAAUGCUGGGAAGGGGCUGGAGGUUUAGCUCAGUGGUUCCACCACCUGCCUCGAAAGCACAAGGACCCGAGUUCAAUCCCCAUACCAAAACAAAUAAUAAUAAUAAUGCUGGAAAAAACUGCAUAUCCAAUUGAGAAACAUGAAGAUAGACUUCUACCUCACACAUGACAAACAAAAAUUUGAAACAUAAAGUAUAAAACAAAAACAGCUAGAAAAUGUAGGAGAAAAUCUUGUAACCUUUAAAUCAACAAAUAUUUCUUAGCACAUAAAAGGAAAAAGAUCAAUAAACUAGACUUUUAAAACAUGCUUUCCAAAGGACAUGGCUAGGAAAAUGAAAAAACAAACUAAUAAUUGGGAGAAAAUAUUUACAACACAUUUAAAUGGAUAAGACCUAUAGCCAGAAUAGGUAGAGAUCUCAUACAAUUCAAUAUUUUGACAAAUAAUUUUAAAGUGCUGAAGACUCCGUAUAAAAUAGAAUAUGUCAAUGGCCAGUGAGCACAUGAAAAGAUGCUGAGUAUUAAUAGUCACCAAGAAAAUGGAAAUUAAUGAGCCACUGCUGUGCACCCACUAGAAUGACUAAAAAGAUUGACCCUACUCCCCAGUAAUGCAUAGGUAGUUCAGCAUAAGAAAAUCAGUGUAACAUUGGUAGCACAAGGGGAAAAACCCCACAUGAUUAUCUUAAUGGAUGUGGAAAAGACCGUUAACAUGACAAAAACUCAAACUUACCUAAAAACAAACUAGGAAUAGAAGGGUAUUUCUUCAGCAUGACAAAGGGCACUUAGGAAAAACACACAACUAAUAUAAUAAUGGUGAAAGACUGAAUGUAGUGAGUGGCAUAUGCCUGUAAUUCCAGCUAUUCAGGAGGCUGAUGCAGGAGGAUUGCAAGUUUAAAGCCAGCCUGAGCAACUUAACAAGAUCUUGUCUCAAAUUAUUUGAGUGUGUGUGUAUGCUUUCCUCUAGAAAAUUAAUUCUCAAAAUUUUUUAAGGCUGGGGAAAGAUGUCAGAACUAUCCAAAAUAAUCUUCACAGUUUCCACCAAAGUUGCAACCAUUUUUGUUUUUGUUUGUUUUUUUGAGGAGUCAUCUAGUUUAUAUGGCAUUUCAGGGGGACCCAAGUAGCCAAAACAGCCUGGAAAAAGAAAAGCAAAGCUGGAAGGCCCAUGCUUCCCAAUUUUAAACCUUAUUACCAUAGUACAAUAAUCACAUCAGUGUGAUACUGCCAUAAGGACAGACAGACAAGAGAAUUCAGAGUGCAGAAAAAAUCUGCCCAGGGUAUUUUUGUUUUGUUUUGUUUUUGGUACUGGGGAUCAAACUCAGGACCUUGCGCUUUUGAGGCAGGCGGUGGAACCACUGAGCUAAAUCCACGGCCCUACCCAGGGUAUUUUUGACAAGGGUGCCAAGUCCGUCCAAUGGGGGAAAGAAUACUGUCCUCAACAGGUGGUGCUGAGUCAACAGAAUUUUCACACGCAUAUGAAGUUGGACCCCUGCUUCACACCACACACAAAAAAUUCAAAAUGAAUCAACAACUUAGAUGAGUUAAAUCCAUAAAACUCUCUAAAGAAAAAAAUAGGGCUAAAUCUCCAUAACUUAAUUUGCCAGUGGAUUCUUAACAUAUGGCACUAAAAAGACAAACAAUGAAAGAAAUUGAUGAUCAGAAAAUUUUAAAAAAUUGUACAUCAAAAAACAUUAUGAAGAAAAGAAUCUAAAGAAUAGGGAAAGUGCACAUCAUAUAUCUGCUAAGGGUUUAAUAUUUAGAAUACAUAAAGUACUUCUAAAACUCAAUUUUAAAAAACCCAAUUUAAAAAUAGACAAAACACUGAUAUAUACAUUUCUCCAAAAAGAUAUACAAAUGGAUAAUAAAAAGUUCAUACAUUGGUCAAUAUGGAAAUAAGUCAAAACCACAUUGAGAUUAAUGAAUUGGAUAAAUCUUGAAAACAUGCUAAAUGUCACAAAUCAGACACAAAAGAACAAAUAUAUGGUUCCAUUUAUAUGAACUAUCUAAGGAAAAUUCAGAGAUAAAAAGUAAAUGAGGUUAUGGGGUAUGGGUAAAGUGAGAAGUUAUUGCUUAAUGGUUACAAUAUUUUUGUUUGGAGUGGUGAAAAGUUUAGAAGUGUAUAUUGGUGAUGGUUGCACAACAUUGAAUAAGCUUAAAGCCACUUAAAGAUGGUUAAGCUGAGUGUGGUGGCAUACACCUCUAAUCCCACCACUUUGAGAGGCUGAGGCAGGAGGAUAGCAAGUUCAAGUCCUGCCUGGGAAAUUUAGUGAGAUAUUAUCUCAAAAGAAAAUACAAAAGGGGCUGGGUAUAUAGCACAAUAGUAGGGUGCCCUUGGUUCAGUCCCCAAUACUAUAAAAAAAGUUUCUUUUUAUUAUAUGUAUUUUAACACACCACCACGUGUUAAAGAGGAUGUGGAAAAAUCAAAUUCUCAUCCACAGCUAGUGUAAGAAUAUGAAAUGGUACAACCUUUAGGCAGUUUCUUGUGAAGAUGAAUAUACCAACACCUGACUCAACAGUUCCACACCAAGGUUCUUACCUUAGAGAAAUGAAAAUGAGUCCACACAAAAACAAUUACCCAAAUUUGUUUUGUUUUGUUUUCUGAGACAGGGUCGUACUGGGCAGUUCAGGCUGACCUUAACUCGCUAUGCAGCCCAGGCUGGCCUGGAACUCACAGUGAUCUGAGUGCUGGGGUUAUAGGUGUGCACCACUACGCCUGGCAUAUUUACACAAACAGUUUUAUCCAUGAUAGUCAAGAAUGGAAACACUCCCAUGAUCAUCACCAAUACAAAAGAAUACUAUUCAACCAUAAAAAAGAACAAACAAUACUUAAGUGACAUGGAUGAAUCUCAGAAUAAUUAUUCUGGGUGAAAGAAGACAGAAACAAAAGAGUACGUACCACUUAUUUCUAUCUGAUGUUUUAGAAAAUGCCAACUUAUCCACAAUGACAGCAACAAGUCAGUGGUUCCCUGGGGGUUAAAGAAUGGAGCGGGGAUGGACUGCAAGGGGGUCACGACAACUUUUGGAAUUGGUGAAAACAUUAUGCAUCUUGAUUGUCCUGUUAAUUUCAUAGAUCUAUGCAUAUUUCAAAACACUUUAAAUGAAAGCCAUUAUGUACAUAAAUUAUACCUCAAUAAAGUUGUUUUUAAAAAAGA